CUGAUGACAGUUUCAUCUUUUUUUUCCGAGUCUGUGCUAUCAAUGUUUUUAUUCAAUUCAUAACAAAAAUUCAAAAGAACAAGAAUAUGGUAAUAGCCAUUGGAUUCGAAGGCAGUGCAAACAAAAUUGGUGUGGGCAUUGUCAAAGAUGGAGAAGUUCUCGCCAAUGUUCGACAAACAUACAUAACACCUCCUGGUGAAGGUUUUCUACCGCGGGAAACUGCACAGCACCAUCGACAGGUUAUCUUGGAAAUUUUGCGUUCCGCGCUCACCGAAGCUGGUGUUACUCCGAAAGAAAUCGAUGUUGUUUGUUAUACAAAGGGACCUGGUAUGGCACCGCCACUUCUUACUGUUGCCAUCGUUGCUCGUACAAUAGCACAAAUAUGGAACCGUCCGCUGCUCGGCGUAAAUCACUGUAUUGGUCAUAUUGAAAUGGGGAGACUGAUAACACAAGCAGCGAAUCCCACUGUGCUCUACGUUUCUGGUGGAAAUACCCAAAUCAUCGCUUACUCAUCGAAACGGUACAGAAUAUUCGGCGAAACAAUUGACAUAGCCGUUGGAAACUGUUUAGAUCGCUUCGCCAGAAUUAUUAAAUUAUCUAACGAUCCGAGUCCGGGGUAUAACAUCGAACAGCUCGCGAAGACUGGUAACAAGUUCCUGCCAUUACCGUACUGUGUCAAAGGUAUGGAUGUUAGUUUCUCGGGAAUAUUAUCGUUCAUAGAAAACCACGUACGAAACGCGGGUAAGCAAUCAAAAAAUCCUCGAAAAGAGAAAGUGGAAGAGACGUACACACACGCCGACCUGUGCUUUUCGCUUCAAGAGACCAUUUUCGCGAUGCUGGUGGAAACAACGGAACGUGCAAUGGCACACUGUGGAUCGAACGAAGUGCUUAUUGUUGGUGGUGUCGGUUGCAACGAACGGCUGCAACAAAUGAUGGAAAUUAUGUGCAAAGAAAGGGGAGCGAAACUGUAUGCCACAGACGAACGGUUCUGUAUCGAUAAUGGUGUAAUGAUUGCCCAUGCCGGCGCUGAAAUGUUCAGUUCGGGUACACGAAUGACAUGGAAUAAAGCGACUAUCACACAGAGAUAUCGAACGGAUGAAGUGGAAGUUACAUGGCGAGAGGAUUGACAUGUUGAUAUCACGUUUUCGAUUAAAGAUUUCAAAGUUAAAACGAAAA